UCGUCCGUCUGUACAACUUUCUAAAAAUAAAAGUAUCGUCGUAAGGAGUCGUAAUGUUCCUUCUUCAUUUGUGUUCGCGUAUUUUCAUCCAAUAAAAUCUAAAUAAGUCGUUUAAAUCAUGAAGGACGAUGACGUGUGCGAAAACUGGGAGGAUGCCGCUGACAGCGGAGAGAUUGAAAGACGACUGGAGGCCAAACUACAAAUAAAUCGCAAAGCCAAGAGGAACGUGCCUGUGAAGACGGGAGUGGUGAUUCAGGACGAAUCCCUGCCGGCGGCUCCACCGCCUCAGAUCCGUAUCCUGAAGCGCCCUCCCAGCGAAGGUGCCCUGGGUGCACAGGGUGCAAGUGCACGACCCAGUCAACCCCUCAAACCGCUAAAACAGAGAGAGGCAGAGUACGCCGAGGCCAGGAGGAGGAUUUGGGGUAGCGCCAGUGCUGAAGAACUUGCAGCGGAUAGGGAAGACACGGACAGACCUUCACCAGCUACGUUGGAGGUUUUACGGCCAAGCAGUAACAUCAUCCGCCAGCCGUUUGGACCUGACGGGACUCCAGGCUUCCUCCUCAGCAGAUAGAGAUGGACAGUGACAGAACUGAAGAGGGAAAGCACUGAGGAAAGGAGGAACAUUCAGUACUUUUGUACAAAUACUGUUCUUUUUCCUCCCCCCUCGACCUUCUCGUCCUUUUAUUUCCUGACUGACUUAAAACGAGACAGAAAGAUCGAGAUAAUGAGAGAAAAUCCUAAAGACUCGAUUCCUCUCUGUUUGGACUCUGUGAACUGUUCGUCUCGAUGUCAGUCACUGGAGAUGUGGGUUAAAAACCCAGACCGGAGUCCCAGAAGCAUUUCAGUGCUGUUCUCAAAGUGCCCUGCUAACACCCACUAACACUAAAGUGGUAUUAGCAUGUCAAUUAGCUGCCAUACCAACUAAACCCGCUUUACAGUCUAACCGCUUGUAGUUACUGAGUUACCUUUACUGGUUAAGCCUCGGCCACACUGGUUCCAUUUUUACCUGUAAAUUCUUGAACUGAUCUACAAACAAUAGCACAAUAGCUCUGUACUGACCUGCUGUACCUCUGAAGGGGUGGUAACACUUCCUCCAUCUGAUCCAGAUUUAAUAAAGUGCUAACCCUAGGUUCAGUCUGGAGGAUGUCAGUGGUAGCAGUGAAAAAACAAGGUGUGGUCAUGUUUUUAAAAUCUGCUGUAUGCUGUGCAGGAUUGUUAUACAUGUAUAAAACGGAGCAACCUGGUAAAUUACUGUCUGAAGCUGCAUGUGUGACAGACACACAGCUGUAUCAUUAAUGGUAAAGGUAAUCCUACGACGUACAUGGGGUUUGAGCUUGAAAAUGGUCAAUAUUACUGAACAGAUACACAUCUGGAAAACAUGCCAAUCCGUACAGGUAACGUUUUUUUCUCCUAGUGUCUCCUCACUGUACUUUACUUUCAGUAACUGGACUAGUUGUCGACCUGGUGUCAGCGUCUCUGCGUUUCGAUGUUCACAUAUAUACAACUCGCUAUCGAAAUACCAACACAAAGCCUUUAUUCAUCAUCACUACCAUAAUUCUAUCUACCUGCCUGCAGGUAACUCCCACUGUUGAGUUUCUACUUUGUAGUGUCCCUUUCUUUAAGUCUCUGUGCAUUAGUGUUCGGUCCUGGAAAUAGAACUGCUUUGUUCACGAGCUCUGAUUACUAAAGUGUAAAUAUAUAAACAUGACCUGCUGGCUUUUGUAUUGGGAUGUUUGUAUUUGUAUACAAGAUGUUCAGCUAACAAAGUAUUAAUAAUAUGGUUCAGAAAAAAAAUGAAUUGUAUUUGUAUUUGUAUAGGCAUCAUGACAUCUAUUCCAACAGUGGAGUCAGUAAAUAUCAGUGAUAUAUGAGAAAUAUUAGACACAAUAUAAAGUGUGUUUGCCAGCAGUGAUAUUGGUGAGGACACAUAUAGCUGUGGCAGGCUAGCGUAGUAAAAACAGGAAUAUGACACUUACUCCAUUUAAAUACCCCUGCAGUUCCUUCAAGUAUCUACUAGCUGAC